CUUCUACCUUGCAGUCAGCCUGCCCCACUAAGGCAGGACCAAUAUGUGCCCCUCUGCCCCUUCCCCCUUGGAUUUUCAGAGUGCCAGGGUCUCUGGGAGCAGAGCCAGCGCUGGGCAAGGUGUCUGCUGGGAGUGGAAAUCAGCGUGGCAGAUGUUGAUGCUGACCCCCAGGCUGGGUGGCCCACUGAGUGACCUGCCCUGGGAGCCUGUGGCAGAGCCAGGAACUGAAUCCAGAUUUCCUGCAUCCCAGGCCAGUGUUUUAGCUGCAAGACCAGAUAGGAAGCUACUACUCAUGCAGAGUAAGAACAUUUCGCUCGGGGCCGAGACCGAGAGCGGCUCCCCCGGGGGGCCGGACGGGGCCGGCGGGGAGGAGGGCGGCGAGCCCCGCGGCAGCCAGGCGAGCUUCAUGCAGCGCCAGUUCGGGGCCAUGCUCCAGCCCGGGGUCAACAAGUUCUCGCUGCGGAUGUUCGGCUCCCAGAAGGCGGUGGAGCGGGAGCAGGAGCGGGUCAAGUCGGCGGGGGCCUGGAUCAUCCACCCCUACAGCGACUUCAGGUUCUACUGGGACUUCACGAUGCUUCUCUUCAUGGUGGGCAACCUCAUCAUCAUCCCGGUGGGCAUCACCUUCUUCAAGGAGGAGACCACGGCCCCCUGGAUCGUCUUCAAUGUGGUCUCCGACACGUUCUUCCUCAUGGACCUGGUGCUGAACUUCCGCACGGGGAUAGUGAUCGAGGACAACACGGAUAUCAUCCUGGACCCGGAGAGGAUUAAGAAGAAGUACCUGAAGACCUGGUUCGUGGUGGAUUUUGUCUCUUCCAUCCCUGUGGAUUAUAUUUUCCUCAUCGUGGAGAAGGGCAUCGAUUCGGAGGUGUACAAAACGGCCCGGGCCCUCCGCAUCGUCCGCUUCACCAAGAUCCUCAGCCUGCUGCGUCUGCUACGCCUCUCCCGGCUUAUCCGCUACAUCCACCAGUGGGAAGAGAUCUUCCAUAUGACCUACGACCUGGCCAGCGCGGUGAUGAGGAUCAUUAACCUCAUUGGCAUGAUGCUGCUGCUGUGUCACUGGGACGGCUGUCUCCAGUUCCUCGUGCCCAUGCUCCAGGACUUCCCCAGCAACUGCUGGGUCUCCAUCAACGGCAUGGUGAACGAUUCGUGGAGCGAGCUCUACUCCUUUGCCCUGUUCAUGUCAAUGAGCCAUAUGCUGUGCAUCGGGUACGGGAAGCAGGCCCCUGAGAGCAUGACGGAUAUCUGGCUCACCAUGCUCAGCAUGAUCGUCGGAGCUACCUGCUACGCCAUGUUCAUUGGCCACGCCACCGCCCUCAUCCAGUCGCUGGACUCCUCCCGGCGCCAGUACCAGGAAAAGUACAAGCAAGUGGAGCAGUACAUGUCCUUCCACAAGCUGCCCGCCGACUUCCGGCAGAAGAUCCACGACUACUACGAACACCGAUACCAGGGCAAGAUGUUCGACGAGGACAGCAUCCUGGGCGAGCUCAACGAGCCCCUGCGGGAGGAGAUUGUGAACUUCAAUUGCCGGAAGCUGGUGGCCUCCAUGCCCCUCUUUGCCAACGCGGACCCCAACUUCGUCACGGCCAUGCUCACCAAGCUGAAGUUCGAGGUCUUCCAGCCGGGCGACUACAUCAUCCGCGAAGGCACCAUCGGCAAGAAGAUGUACUUCAUCCAGCACGGCGUGGUGAGCGUCCUCACCAAGGGCAACAAGGAGAUGAAGCUCUCGGACGGCUCCUACUUCGGAGAAAUCUGUUUGCUGACGAGGGGCCGCCGCACGGCCAGCGUCCGGGCCGACACCUACUGCCGCCUCUACUCGCUCUCGGUGGAUAAUUUCAACGAGGUGCUGGAGGAGCACCCCAUGAUGAGACGGGCCUUCGAGACCGUCGCCAUCGACCGCCUUGACCGCAUAGGGAAGAAGAACUCCAUCCUGCUGCACAAGGUCCAGCACGACCUGAACUCCGGGGUCUUCAACAACCAGGAGAACGAGAUCAUCCAGGAGAUCGUCAAGUACGACCGGGAGAUGGUGCAGCAGGCAGAGCUGCAGCACCGCACGGCCAUAUACGCGCCCGCCCAGCCCCAGGUGACCUCGGCCAUCGCCUCCCUGCAGCAGGCUGUCGCCAUGAGCUUCUGCCCCCAGAUGGCCAGCCCCCUGGUGAGCUCCGUGGCCCUCGGUUCGCCCAGGAUGAUGCGGCGCCUGCAGUACGCCCAGGGCGUCCCCGGCCCCUUCUCCAUCUCCCCGGUGCUGCUCCAGCAGCAGAACCUGUCGCUGCAGCAGCAGCCGCCGCCCCGGCCCCCCUCCACCGGCCCCUUCGCCUCGGUGGUGUCCAGCCCUCCGACCCAAAGCCCCCGGGCCAGCCGGACGUUCCCGUACGCCGCCCAGGGUCAGUCGGGCUCCCAGCUCUCCCUGACUCAGCAGACGGCUCCUGGCUCUCCCCAGCGGCUGGCCGUCCACAAAAGCACGCAGGCCCUGCACACGAGCAGCCUGAGCGAGGAGUCGAGGCCGUUGUCAGCCUCGCAGCCCUCCCUGCCUCACGGGAUCUCGCAGACCAUGACCCAGAGCCCUCCGCCCUCGGCCCACGAGUCCAGCACCUCCGUGGCUGGGGUCCAGGCUUCGGCCUCCCCUGGCUCGGGCCCCCAGGCCGGGCUCAGAGGGGCGGUGCCGCCCCGCGUGGCCCUAUCCCACCAGAUGUCCACCAGCUCUGUCUACGCGGGGGCAGCCGGCAGCCAGCAGGACUCGAGCGGCGCCCGGAAGGAUUCGGUGGUCAGUGCCCCCGACUCGGACCCAGCCAAAUCCAGGCUCUCUUCCAACUUGUGACCUUUGCUCCAGGCCCACUCAUCCCGGGUGGCGGGGUAACGGUGGGGCUGCCAAGCAGCUGCAAUCUCCACCCUGUCUCCACGCUCCCGCCUGCUUGUUUCCAACUGGCGAAGGCCCCGCCCUGGCUCGCUCCCUAGGGGAGUGGAAAUCAAAGGGUUAAUGAGCCAACCGUGGGGGGUCGCCACCCCCUGACUCGAAACCUGCAACCGGGGCCUCUGAUCCAACGGGGGCCUGCCCCCCUUCUGUACAGAGCACAGCAGCCGGGCGUCGCUACCACGCGCUGUGCCCGGAGAGGCGUGGGCAGAGGCCCCCUGCCCUUCCCUGGGCCGGGGGAGGUCCGAUCGAGCCUCCCACACGCCCCAAUGAAUCAUCUAUGACCAAAGUCCAGACCCAUUGCUCGCUGCCACUGCCCGUGUGAAGAGCAUCGUCCAUCCGAACCCACUGACUGCACCAUAGAAGCCAUAACUAGUUAAUCUCUUGAUUAUGAAAUCUGUAUAUUAUAUAUAUAUAUAUACCCCUCCGGGGCCUGGUGGGAUAGGGAGGAGUAGUCGGAGGGGGCUGUGCCCCUGCCAGGCCCCGCCAAGUUCCCCACCCAAUGUGUUCUGCCUCCUGGCACCGGCCUGUGUCCAACGUGAGCCUGAGCCCGUCCCUUGUGCCACACGCGGGGAUGCCGGGGCGUGGGGGGGGGAGGAUUUGGAAGGGGACGGGCACCGUGGCCGUGUGGUUCUGUCUGCAAAGGCCCGUGAGGACAGGCGCGUCCUGGGGCUGCCACUUCCUCUGCCCUUGCUGGACUAGCCUUUAGGGCUGGACACGUCUGCCUCGCCCCCCCCACACCUCAUCCUAUCACCCCUGCCUCAUGCCCUGGCCCCUCUCUGCUCCCUCCACGGCGCCUCGCCUCAUCCCCACCCCCUUGGCGUCAGAGGCAGGGAGGAGGGGAUCUCCUUCCCCAGGGACUAGUGCAAUCCCUAGCCCCACUCCCAGCCUGGGUCUUCCCCCUGCCCGCCGCCCAGGGUCCCAUCAGACUCCCUCAUGCUUUUGCUUACACCUCCCUCGCUCUGUUCCAAGGAGCGGCCUCCAGCCUCUGCUGCCUGGCCCGGGGGCCUAGGGAGGGGCCACCCGGCCAGGAGGCCCCAGUUCACAUCUCGCUCGCUGAAUGUUUUCUAUGUUUUUAAUAGAAAAAUCAAUGUCAAGCUGCUCAAUACGCGCCCCUUUUCCCCUUCUUCUCCCAUCCUCCCCCCACAUAGUUUAACGGGCAGAGCGAGGGACUGGGCGGUCUAGUCCCUGGCUCUGGCCUGACUCGCUGUGUGGCUUUGGGCAAGUCGCCUCACCUCUCUGUGCCUCGGUUUUCCCCAUCUGUAAAAUGGGGAUAAUAAUACUUACCUAUGUGACCGCACGAGGGGUUGGGAACUAAAGUGCUUUGCGAGCCUUGCAACAGAGAUGGGCAAAGUAUUAUUAUCUAUUAGCAUCCCUGCGCUCUGCUGGCCCGUCUCCUCACCUUCCCAGGGCACGGCUGCCUGGCACCUGCAUCCCAGCUGGCUCCUGCAGACAACAGGACGCACAGUGAGAACAGUUGAAGGCCUGGAGCCAGCCCGCUUGGGUACUGAUUAACACCCCCUCUCCCAUGGGAGGGUCCUAGGGCAAACUUGCUCUGAUCUCUCUAUAUCGGUGGGCCCCACGUGCCCCCUCUGGGACGCUGGCACUGCAGUGGUGGGAGAGUCGUGUGCUCAGCCCCUUGCAGGAUCUGCAUCUGGACCCUUUCCCUGCUGUCCCUGCAGUACGAUCAAUUCACAUACCAGCCUCUACGAGAGGCUGCUCCGUGACACUGAAGGUAAGUGAGACCUGGGCAUGAGAAGGUCAGGGAUGCUAAGAGGAGAGGGUUGGCUUUGGGAACUCCUGGCAGAGCAGAGAGGGCAGGCAGGCUCCAGGAGGCGGCUGGGCACCCUCUCCGUGGGUGGCUGCCCCCUCUUGACAUUUGCACUUUGCAACCUGGGGGGCUGUUUGUUUUUCAAGUGCAAUAUUGAAACGGAAAGCGCCGGGCCCGGCGAGCAUCGUCCAUUCCCUCCUGCCGCCCUCAUUACGGCAAUAAUUGUGCCAGGCCAAAGGACACAAAUACUACUCGGCCUCUAGCCUGGCCCCUGGCCUGCAGGCUGCAGGGGCUGUGUGUGGGGUGCAGGGCAUUCAGGGCAAAGCCUCUUUCACCGGCAGCUCCUGCUUUGUCCUACAAAAGCAAAUUCCCGAGCGAGCUUCCGUCGUGCUGGGGGGAGCAAAAUGCCCGUUAGCUUAGUAAGAAAGGAAAUGAGGGGUGGGGGAAUUGGGGCGAGGGCUUUGUUAAUGAUGAAUCCAGAGUGGGUUGGCAGUGGGCCUUCACUUCCCAUCAGCCCCUCGAUCUGGGGGCUACACCAGCCAAGGGGACAGCAUUAGAGGCAGGGUCAAAAGACCCCCCCCUUUCCCUCCACAGCCAAACACCCAACUUGGGAGAGCUUGGGUCUGAAUUUAGCAGCUUGGGCCCAUCUCUGUAGCUGAAGUGCAGGGCGUGUAUGGCCGGGGGGGGGUUACCACAUCUUGGCAGGACCAGCUGCAAUUCAGCAUGGGCUCCUGCCCCUACCCCUACCCUUCCAGCUGCCUUGCAGUGUUUAGCACCACCCAGGGUCUGUGGUGUCUGCAUGUGUCUCUCGCCAUUGGGCAUGCUGUGUGCGUCUUUCGUCCCGUGUGCGUCUGCAUGUGUGGGGAGGCGCCGCAUUGUCCGCAUCUGGAAGGUAGGGGUUGUUGCGGGGGAGCAGAAGCUGGUUGAGGGCUUGGGCCGGGGGAGGAGGAAGGAGGAAUUCGCUCUGGGCAUGUGUGUGUGUGGGGGGGUGUCUCUCCCUCCCUCCAUGUACAGGGCUGGAAUUCAGCUGGUAGAAGGAAGAUCUCAUGCUCACUGAUUUCCCACCCUGGGAGGCAUCAGGACUGCUGCUUUCCAGGCCCCCCUGCCCCCCUUUCUCAAGGCUGGCAUCCCUAGGGGAGGCAGAACUAACUCAAGGUGCCACUCAGAGAGGUGUGUGAUAAAUCAGCCUGUACCUGACUCCCAUCAGAGCAGGCACCAGGCCUUGCCCCACCCGCUCCCCUGCUACGAGGGACCCUAAACGUGUUCCGGCCCCCUGGUGUUGUUCUAAACUGCACCGCUGAGGUAGGGGCCAGACUGCCAAAGCCAGCUCAGCCUAGGGGAGAAGGGGCUCGCGCCACCCCAUCUCUUGUGUUACCUGGAUUCCUCCCAGGUAAGACGCCGUGGGGAGGGGAGAUGCAGAAGGUAAAGCAAACGAUGCCUGGUGUAGCUGCACUUGGACUUACUGCCGGGUUGCCUGGACUUACUUACAGCACAGCCCCUCCCCUCCCUCGAGCCAGAGUCCGGGAAGAGCUGUGGUAUCCAUCCUUCUGCAUUUUGUGAAGGCUCCUUACAGUACAUGUUCCCUGGAAUCUCAGACUCAGGUUGGUUCACCUGAGCUGAAGCAGGUGAUAAUUUUUCUCCCCUUAAAGGGGAUCUGAAGAGCACAGUCCCCGGGAGGUUUCUUAAUGUCAGGUGCAAAGUGCUGGGAUUGACUUGGGCGUUGGAGGAAGAGCAUCUGUUUUUCUAGGCCAGCAGGAGUUGAGCUUUUAGGAAGGGGACGAUCCUUUUAGUGCUUUUCUCGCCUUUGAUAUGAGUUUGUUGCCAAGGUGCGUUAGUGCUUUGUGUAUGAAUUUUUUUAUGCCCGGUUCUCUCAGGACUACCCCGGGGCAGGUGGCACUGAUGGCUAAUGGUGAUGGGAGUGAUUAAACACAAUGUCCAUUUUUAAGCAUUUUUAAAAGCAAAAGCUGGGGCAGCAGACUCCAGCCCGCGGGGGCUGUGACCUCCUGGAAGAGGCUUGUCGGAAAGCAAGCCCUGUCCCGGCACUGAUGAGUUGGGGGACAGGGCCAGCACAACCCCUUGGCCUGGUGAGUAGUCCUGGUGUCACGCCUGGCCAGUGCUGAGGUGUUUAAUCCUCGACGUCUGAUCCACAGCGGACAAGGCGAGGAGCGGGCAAACGGUCAACGUGUUUCUUAUUAUCGAUGCUACUUACUAAUAUCCGUCUUACGCUAACGUGCAGCCGGUACCUUUUCGAAGGCAGAGGCAGGCGAGCUGUGUGUGCUAACGCCUGUAUUCCUAGCAUCCUUGCGCCUUUCAUGUUGAAUGUAUAACCGAUAACGGAACUCGUGGUGACAAAAGCCAAUCAAAGCGCCCUGUCGCUAUGGAGACGGCUGGAUUGUCUCACUGGCACCUGUUUCCGUCGGAGAAUCCACUUUUUUUUCAUCCAGACCAUCCUGUGCAAUAAACAUGACAGCCCUGGCAGAGCUACGCAGGAGUCCGUCCUCUUUUCGCUGCUGCCUGUCACAUUCCCAUUGGCCUUCUCCUCGC